AUGCGUGACACAUUAGUUUUCGGCACCGAUUCGGAAGAGGUCAGACGAAAAUGCAUUGCCCGCGGUAAUGAAUUAACCUUUGCAAGGGCAAAAGAAAUUGCACGAACUGAUGAGGCUACCCAGAUGCAAUUAAAAGCAAUGAGUGACACUACAAACCCAAAGCAAGAAGAAGGGGAAGUCAAUGCAAUCAGCAGAGGAAACAAGCCCAGAAACCAGCCCCACCAAAGGUACACCAGUGGUAGAGGAAACAGACGACGUGACAACAACCUAAGACAGUGCUACAGAUGUGGAGACACACCACACACCAAAGACCAGCAGUGCCCAGCCACUGGAGUAGAAUGCUUCAACUGCAACAAACGCGGUCAUUUUAGCAAAGUUUGCAAGUCUAAAACAAGGUCAGAUGUGAUGACCCUACAAAAGAACAACCUGAUGGUGUAACAAGUGAAUGCACAAGCUACGACAAAGUCUUCCUGGGAACACUAGAAGCCUGAGACAGCCCCAGUACCUCAAUGAUCGCAAGCAUUGAACAAAAGAAAAACAACGCACCAAAGUCACGACUGAAAUACAAGUCACGGUAGACCCCCAUGAUACACACCUGAUACCUAUUAUCUGCAAGGUCGACACUGGUGCAGAAGUUAAUGUCAUCUCCAAAGACGACUAUGACAGACUCAACCGCAGUUCCCAGCAGAUACCCCUUGGCCCAACACACCACAGGAUUACUGCGUAUGGAGGCCACGCCAUCAAGACCCUUGGAACCUGUCCACUAUACGUCCAUCAAAAUGGCAGCAUUAAAGAAGUCGUUUUCAAUGUUACUGACGUACCAGGACCUACAAUGCUUGGCUGUAAAACCUGCGAGGAACUUGAGCUGGUAAAAUUUAAUUGCAGCCUAGAAACCUCCAAAGAAGACAAAGAGACCCGCCUUAAAGAACACAGACCAUGCAAACCGCACCAAAGGACCAGCAGAUACCCUAGCCGUCUAGACACUGAAACAUACCCCCACUGGACAGGAUAACCUUCUUCAACAACUUCGGAGACUGCUUUGAAGGCCUGGGAACCUUCAAUAUGAAACCUUAUCACAUCACCCUAGACUCCAAUGCUGAACCUGUCAUCCACGCACCACGUACCGUACCAGUACACCUUCGAGACAUGUUUAGAAAGGAAAUCAACACCAUGGUAGAACUUGGAGUGCUCAUACCGUAA